GAAUUUUCCACCUGCCUCAUCCGUUAUGGACUGUGUGUAUUUCUCCCAUAUUGUUCAAUGUUGUUUUUGUAGUGGCCGCUGACGAAUACUACGACACUACUGACUCGAUAGAGUACAAUACUGCGGUGUAUGUUGCUGUUGGUAGCUUAAGAAGGCCGCACAGUUUGGGGAACCGACAUUUGAACAUUGUAUCCUGAGGCUGAAGUAAAUGGUUAGCAAGUUAGCGAUGCCUGACGUUAGCCGCAUCUGAAUCUGGCCCUGCAACCAGGAAUCGCCAACUAUCUCAAUCCACGUAUGUAUUGUCCCUGAAUUAUGCUAACGCAGACAUGUUCCCUUGGAUUUACUGCUACUGUUGGCGUUGAGUUAGUCGCCCUGCAUCACACUAAUAAGUGCUCCGUCUGUUGUUAUUUUCUUUCGAGUGUCAAAGUGGAAAGUAAACGUCAGAAUGCAGCAGGAUAGCUAGAGUCCGAUUGCUUGGUACUUCGCACCUGUGAUGCUGAUGCACCUGUCGGAGGAGGCGAAAGGUGCGCGGCGAUGGUCUGGAAGAAAAUCGCAUGCUAGCUCGUUGAUAACGUUCCAGUUUAUUUCAAAAUUUACUAGUUCACUACUAAAUUCCAUCUACGUUCUCGUCCCUGUUGAAUGGUUUCGUUGCAUCCAACUUAAUUAAUACGCUAGUCAUUGGAAUAACCAAAAAUUGCAGCUCUUCUGGAUGCAAGUUUGGCUAUUAACAACUUCAACAUUACCCUGGUUAUUCCCAGCCAGUGUCUAUGAUCUAACGAAGAACACAAACACUGUCUCGGUUGCUUGCAUUUCAGGAUUUUGUCUAACUUUCUGUAGAUUCUGUCUUGCCAACGCCUGUGUGGAAGUUCUGCCAUAUGGCUUUCAUUUUGCUCCAAAGCAGGCCUGCCAACUCAGUCACGUAUUUGUUAGUCGAUAGGGUAAUAAGUAAAGGCAUGCCAGGGUGAUCUUUUGUCUUGUUAAAGAGCAUGGAUUCCGGCUUGGAAAAAAACUAUUGUACUGGUCAAAAGAUGCUAUUUAACGGAGUCAUUGUAUUCACAGCUUUAGCCUACAAUGCCUUUCAGUCAACUUAGAUCCAGAGACUAUUUGGCUUUGUAGGUAAGCCCCUUGUCACGCAUUCUUAUUUGAUCAUUUGUGUUAAGUAUGUUGUUGCAAAGCUUUAAUCAUCUGAAGAAAUGUCUUGGAGGUUAUAUUAUACUUCUUUGUGCGUUGCACCUGUUGGGACCUCCAUGUAAUGAGCUGUCUGUCAUCAGCAUCUGAUAAAGUGAAAUAGCUCUAGGCUUGUGGUGAAUGCUCAUCAUGGCCAUUCAAACCUCAACGGUGCAGGCUAGGCUAUGUGUUCGUAUGCACAUAUGCUAUAUCAUUGAAACACCCUUUGGUGUCAGUAUCAAGGUUUUCAUUUUGUUAGGCACUGUUUGUUAUCUUGAAGUGUUCAUUUCAGUUUUUGAUGUUAUUUGAAGGCGGAUAAUAGUGACGUUUGGUUUCUCUUCCUGGCGACAUGGCCUCAGUCAAUACGUCAGCGGCAAUAGCUCAAUGAAACUGGUGCUGUUUUGUUUUUACAGACAUUAAUUCUUCCUAUAGACAGGUGUUGUUAGGAGCGAGGGCGGUGUCCAUGGUGUGCAAUGGUAUCCUCUCAACUGUGUGUAUAGCAGAGUCAAGAAUGCACUCCACUUUUCUAUCAAUUGCUGUGUGCCACAGGCAGCCUAGAUUCCCCACAAGAUAGCAUUUUACUGCCUCUUUCUUUGUUGACAAAGUUCAGCAGCAUUUGGCGGGGCUGGGAGUGGGGGCGAAUUAGGCCAAGCUUUGCCCUCUUUUAAUAGAAAAUAGCCGCCUACUCUGUUGUUUUUUCUAGGAAAAAACAACACUCUUAUAACCCCUUCACAAUAGAGGUUAUUCUGAAUUUGCUAAACAGCUGUCACUCCAGGUCAUUAACCCUUUCAUGCAGAGCUACUUACCGUAUAAAAUGGUGAUGUAGUCUGUUGGCCUACUCUGUAACAUUACAUUUGUCAUAGCAAUGAUGUUAUGAUUUAGUUGAGCUUUUUCAGCAAGCUGUUUAUUGGGUCGUGGGCGAUUCCAUCUGCACCAGCAGGUGUUCUACAGUAGUAAAAAAACUCAUAAGAGCUUAUUUUGUAAGAAGGAUGUCUGUGCUUCAGCCUCUGUGGUGCUCACAGCUGAGGACAGCAGAAUCAUGACAGACUGGACUACUUCUCAACUACUAGACCCAGGGAUGACCAGAGCAUUCUGUAUACUUUUUAGAGAUUUUAUUUUAUUUUGGUGCUCAAAGUCAUUGCUGUUUUGACACGCCUGGAUCUUCCUCAUAAUCCUCAUUGUGUGUGUGAUCUGCCAAUGGCUGUUCAUGUACCGCCUACCUGCAGCAUGGCCGAUAGCAUCAUGAGCAGGGCUGCUACUAUGGAGAUUCCCAUUAACAGCAAUGGGGACUCCAGAGCUCUCCCGGAGGAUGACGGCCUGGAACAGGCCGCAAAAUCUCAGUGGAGCUUAGCUGAGAAGGUAGGGAGUUCCGGAGAGACAAGGGACCUGCAGCAGGUGAUGGUCUCGGGGCCCAACCUGAAUGAGACGAGCAUUGUAUCUGGUGGCUACGGGGGUACGGCCGAGGGCAUCAUCCCCACCAGCUCCAUCAAAGGCCCGGCCGUCCGCUUCAAUGCUGACUUUCCGCCCAGGCGCAUUCCAGCCCCAGGACAAGGACCCAACAUGCACCAAGGGGGCCCUGCAGAGGAGGCCACCCGAGGCGUUGCCGUGGAGAAGCUGGACUUCAUGAGGAAGUGGGGCAUGAACACCUAUAAGUGCACAAAGCAGAUGAUCUCGGAGCGGUUCGGCCGCGGCUCUCGCACGGUGGACCUGGAGCUGGAGGCGCAGAUCGAGGUGCUGCGCGACACCAAGCGCAAAUACGAGAACGUGCUGCGGCUGGCACGGGCGCUCACCAACCACUUCUACAGCAUGGUGCAGACGCAGCACGCCCUGGGGGACACCUUCGCAGACCUCAGCCAGAAGUCACCAGAACUACGGGAUGAAUUUGGUUACAAUGCUGAGACACAGAAGCUACUGUGCAAGAAUGGAGAGACUCUGUUGGGCGCAAUCAACUUUUUUGUGUCCAGCAUCAACACUCUUGUGAACAAGACAAUGGAAGACACUCUUUUGACCAUAAAGAAGUAUGAGGAUGCCAGGUUGGAAUAUGAUGCGUACCGGGCGGACCUUGAGGAACUCAACCUGGGCCCUCGUGAUGCUGUUACCAUGGCGAGGAUCGAUGUUGCACAGCAGCAGUACCAGGUGCAGAAGGACAAGUACGAGCGACUCCGCAGCGACGUCACCAUCAAACUCAAGUUCCUGGAGGAGAACAAGGUGAAGGUGAUGCACAAACAGCUGCUUCUCUUCCACAACGCCAUCUCGGCCUACUUUGCCGGCAACCAGCAGCAGUUGGAACAGACCCUCCAGCAGUUCAACAUCAAGCUCAAGCCGCCCGGAGAAGACAAACCCUCCUGGCUGGAGGAGCAGUGAGGGCGGGACACCCACCCAACCACAGUACCCGCCUACCCCUACUGGACCGACCGACUAACUGACCAACCAGUUGGGCAUAUAUGGCCCAAAAACACCACCACCCCAUACACACACUCAUGCACUCUUUACCAAACUUUGACUUGGGACCAAGGCAACCCAGAGUGUUCAUGUGCAAGGUUUUUGAAGGCACCCUGGGUUGUCGAACUAUCCAUCUUUCCUGAUUUUUGCCUUCCCCCUCCACCCCCAUCAUCCUUUUUUGUUUUCUUACCAGUUGCUAAUUAAAAAAAGCAAACAAAAAAACAACACUCCUUCAAAUGUUCUUUUUAUAAAGAAUGACUGAAACCAUUCGGAACAAUCUCUAUCCUGUUGUCUCCCCGUUUCCGUACCCAAUUUCACUCACUACAAACAUUCUCUUUCCUUAUUGGUCCUCCCACCUAACCACCAAAGCCUGAAUCCUAAAGAAAAAUAAUGGACUGAUCUAUCCACCAUGAAGUGGAUGCGUUUACUGCUUUCAGAAGUGUGUUUUGUUAUUAUUGAUGUGAUUUAUGGAGAAAGAUGAUGAAGGAAUUGUGAUGUACUGAUACUGAACACUGAAGUAUGUUUCAUCUGAGAAAUAUUUAAGAAGAAUGGUGGUUGAACAGCACUGCUGGCAAUACUUCAUAUUUGAAGCAGAAAGGUAGUUGCACGAGGUUGGGUUUCGUACUGUAUGUUUACCAGUACUUGUGUUUUUACUGUUAAAAUGCGACAGAACUGGAGCUGAAAUGAUUGUAGUGGUCCUUAAUACGUGUUGUGAGAUUGCGGCCUUCAGAGUUUUAUAUUCUCAAAUCCACAGCUAAAGUGAAGUCUCAAGCUUGUCUCAAUCUCAAGUCGGUAUCUAAUGCCUUUAAGUCGGUAUCUUAAGGCCGCUGAAAGACCACUGCAGUUUCCCUUCAUUGCAAACAAGACAGAGGAAGAGUUGUUUUGUCUAUUGUAAGAAAGGAGACAUGGAAAAUCUAUUUCCUGAGCCGGUUUCUGGCUUCCAGCAUCCGUUAGUCUAGUGCCUCCCUCCCUUCCGUGUUUGAAGUGGAGAAUCUUUUAUUUAUUACAAUAUCUCUGGUGUAUCUGUCAUUUCUGCAGAAUUGAUCAUGACAGUUGUGUCUCCUGUUCUUCAGCUUCAUAAUAGUUGCUACAGUCACUGAGACACAAUUUGAGUGUCUUUCUCUAAUUGGCAGUUUCUGGCAUAGGCUUGAAGUUUGUAUAUGUUAAUUUUCCUUCGUGGAAAGGAAACUCGAAAGCACUAAAAAGGCCAGACAUGGAGACAUCCAAGAACUUCUAUAAGAGGUGAAUGCAAAGGCUUGAGCUGUGCUUGGAAACUUCAGACUUCAAACUCGGAAGGCUUCUAGAUAUUAUUCUGUAGUGUGCCUGCCAUGAUUUUGUUCUUUGUAAGGAUUUGUGUCUGCACAAACUCCCGUUGAUCCUGAUGUACUGUCCUGUCAGACCGGCCUGUUUUUCUUUUUGUCUGUAAUAGAUGACUCCAAUCACCAGUGUGUGGAAGAAUUGUUUGCCAAAUCAUUUUCAGCAUGGAGAAAUUGAGCUGUAUUGUGAAGUGAAACACGCAGAACCUCACUUUUUUUGCCAGGAUCAUGAAAGGCUAUGAAUGCAUGGUGUUGUUUAAACCCAGGCCCGUUUCAGAUCCUGAAAUUUGACUUUUUUAUAUAUAUACCUAUACCUGCAGAUUAAACAACUUGAAAUAUUUGUGCUAAGGUAACUGCAAAACAGUUUUUUUUCUCCACAUUUUUGUUUUCUCCCAAUACUUCUAGGUUGUAUUUUGUAUGUGUAGCUUUGAAUAAGAACUAUGAAGGAAUGUUAGUGUAGAAUUAUGGAAUAACCAACAUGCGCGCACACACACAACAAUGCAUCUUGCUGCAGCACUUGCCAAGUCACAUACCGUUUGACAUUUUUUUUCUUUGACUGCAAAAGAAUAGGCACAGAAACAGAAACUGUGCAAACAUUUUUAACACUUUGAGCCUCAUCAGAGCAACCGAAUCAGUGAAAUAUCUGAUUUUUAGAAGGGAGGUAUUUGAACGUCAUUAUUACACUUGAAAAGAGCAGCACUGCUAUAAGAUCACGGUGCUGCCAAGAAGCAAUACAAAUUAAAUGUCUUAAGCACCCCAGUUAUUUAUUAGCUUGUUUUCCACUCCUCUGCUCAGUGUUUGCAUGCAAGUGUGUCAUUAUGAGCCUUCAGACUGUCCGUAUUGCUCUUAGACAUGUGGGGUAUUCCAGGGAGGUGGUUCAGUAGCAAGCUAACCUGAGGGUAGUCGUAAAUCAGCCAGUAAAAGAGCCUGGUGUCCUCCUUUUCUUAGCUAAAACCUACCUUCAGGCCAUCUUAUUAGCAGGUUUACCACUCUUAGUAGGUUAACUUAAUCAUGUUUAUUGCUUGUUAACCAUGUUCUUGGAAUACCCCUCCCCCCAAUGUCUGCAAACACAUGAGAACAGGCUUGAUCAAUGUUGCACUCCUUGAACUUGCUGACUGUCUUCUGUCAACUAAAGAUAAGACUGACCUUUUGUAUUUGUGUUGCGCUUCUACUUUGACAGACGGGGGGGCAACUUAACUCACCACUGCAAUCAAUGAAUUUAAAUGCUGAAUUGUUGGGGUGAAGCUAUAUUUAACAUGACAAGUUUAACAUUUUUACAGAAUGCUUUUUUUCUUGUACAUGUUGUGGCAUGUGGAACCCAGAUGAAGAUGAUGCAGAGCUGCAAAUGUAUAUCCACAUCGAAUGUCACAGACAUUAUUUUAAUGGUCUCAAACUGUAAUUGAACUGAACCUUGAUCUGUUUUCUGUUGUUGUCGUUAAUGUUUUUUUUUUUUCCUCACUCAAACUCAAAUCUUGCACCUCGUGUCUUUGUACAAUCCAGAGUCCUGUGAAGUUUGAAUGAUUGUUUUCGUACAUCAGUUUGUUUCAUUUGAACCACUAUAGUGAGGAUGGAGACUUUCUGUAGUCUUACUGUAUAGACCACAGCUGAAUAAUGAAUUUCUAGGCAAAUUAUUGGAUACAAUCAAGUUGUCAUCAACAGCUCUGAUUUUGUAGUGUUUGAUUGUACAUAUACCCUACAUAUGUAAGGAUAUUUAAGAUGAGAUGUGGACUGGAUUUUCCUGUGAUGAUCGCCUUUGCUUCUCAGUUUGACCCAACCUCAGUUCGACCCAACCCACAAAAAGAAAUUUAAAAGUAAAUAAAAGCAGUCAAUCGUUU